GUGACGCGCUUAACUACAGUACCCCACGUAUCCUAUUACAGUGGGUCUCAAUACCUGGGCAUACACCUACUAGAGCACGCCUGGAACACGCUGACAUUCCUUGGUGAUGGCUGACCUUUCGGACGACAACCCUCCUCGGCUGCCUCUGGAGAUAUUGGAGUACAUCAUUUGCUGUGUCUCUGACCGGAAGACCUGCUUGACAUGCGCGCUGGUCUGUCGCUUCUUCGUGAGACCUAGUCGCCGCCGCGCGUUCCGAAGGCUCAAGAGACGCGGUCUUGAAUCCGUGCGGAAGAUGAGCUCUCUCCUCGAGUCUCCACAUUGCACGUUCGCGCAAGAGACUCACUGGUUUUCGCUGAACCAUGACAUGUCUGGCGAUGGUGGUGUCACGCCACUCGACUGCCUUCAACGCCUCCCCAACCUCGCCACACUCCGCGUCGAGCGCAUGACGAGCUCCCAGUGUCAACUAUACCUCAUGGGUCCUCUCAUGCGCAGUCUGCCACACUUGACCAACCUGACUCUGGACUACGUCAGCUUCCUCUCCUUCGACAUGUUCCUCAUGGUGCUCGCCGCGUUGCCUCGCCUGCAGAGCCUCUCCUGCAGAAGCCUGUCGUUCCACGGGAUGCGGAACGUCCCAUGGCCGGCGGAGUCAGGAGCCCUGCGCAACCUUCGUUUCCUGAGCUCCGACCCCAUGCGCGCCUAUGACUGGAGGGUAUUCCUGGAGGGGAUGCUGGCGGCACCGUAUCGCCCGCCGGUGGAGCAUCUUGAGCUCAAGUUGCCGUGGCCAGAGGUUGUCAUAUGCGAACGCAUCUGUGAUCUAGUGAAUGGGUUCAGCCCGACGUUGAAGUUCAUGCGCAUCAAUCCGGGUUUCACGCAGUACGUCCCAGAGGAAUACAGCACACUGGACUUUGCCCGCUUCAGGCAGCUGCGGUCUCUCACUGUCGAGCCCACAAUGCACAUUAGCGACUGGUUCGUACGCGGGCAAGGAGACAAGUUGCUCGACCUGCUCCUCCGCGGGCUCGACGCCCCGCAUAUGCAGAAGAUCGUCUUCCUCAUCACCGUAAACGACAGCGGCCCUCCGGAAGACUCGUGCCACCCCAAAUCGCCGAAGAAGUGGGCAGAGCUCGACGAUCGUAUUGCGUGCUUGCCGCAUUUUCAGGAGAUGAAGUUCGUGCUGUCGCUCUGCUCGCCGUCGAUGCAGAGGCGAGGGGAGCAUGGCCUUAUCACGGACUGGUUGUGUGGGAUGCUACCGAAGGCCUGCGCGAGAGGGCUCUUGCGGUUCCGGCUGGUCAACAACGUCGUUCCUCAACUCGGCAUAAUAUUCAGACCGGGACCUCAGCUGCUUUUCCGUCGUCCUGAAGUUGCGUAAUACACAUUUGAUUCAUCUUCGAUGCGGAUCUACCGCCAACAUUAUUCACCAUUUGCUAUAAGGUAGAAACUUCCCGCUGAAUAUGAUGCAUGAGCCAUAGUAUGCGGAAAGAAGGAGGUUCGGAUAACGCACUCGAAGUUGAUCAUGGACAUGAUACCGUCUCCGAACUGCAUAAUUGUCAGCCGACCCUCGGACGAAGGAAGUGUUCAACAGCGACCUUCUCGUUAAUGAUAGCCUGCCAGAGAAGGUCGGGUCAACUCUGAACGGCAAUCUAGCAAUUGGUUCAUGUCCUCAGACGCACCUUGAUUGCGUGACCAUACACCAAGACGCCCUCAUACAAGCGGUAGAUGACGGGGUCUGUGGGCGGCGA